AUGAACACUCCACAAUCUCCAUCAUCCGUGACAAACAUCGAUGGUGCCCCAGCACAGCCAUUCCGUACACCUCCUCCUCCACCUCCCCCUAGAAGAAAGAGUCAGAAGCCAAUGACGUCGGGCAACGCUUGCAUGCAGCAGGUCGGCAUGGGUCUGCUGAUGGGCUCGCUCGUCGGCUCUUCAAUGGGUCUGCUCAUAGGACUUGCAAUCACACUGCCCAGUGGCAUCAGAGGCAGGAAGAUGUUUAUUAUUGCCGGUAACAGUGCACUCAAGUCCACUGCGUUCUUUGCUGGUCUGAUGGGCAUUGGUUCAGCGCUGCGAUGUGACGAUUAUACACAAGACGAAUCAUCAUUGUUUCAAACGAUGAAAUACAAUCAUUUGGCGAUAAACAGAAGCAAUCACCUUUAUAUAUAA